GCUAGAGACAUUUCGGUAAAUUCUCAUACAACAAAUUAGUCAGUCGUCCAGUAACUUUAGUCAAGAGUCAGCGCUAGCAGAAGAGUAUUACGUUGGAUGAGGAAAUAGUUGUUUGAUUGUGAAUUUGUGAAAUGGACAAAGAAGAAUGAAUGUGAUAAAACAUUUCCCAAAAGACAUUUUCCCCAAGAGACAAUUCUAUUUAAUCACAGUGCCACUAAUUUGUGGAAAAGAUUAAAAAAAAAGAAGUUUUGCAUAAAAAAGGACACCAAGCAAAAGGAUAAAAGUUUAUAGUGUUUUUUUUUGUUACAAUCCUCUUUGUGCCAUUUGUGUCUCCUUCCUCUUGGAAACAUUUUUUCCUAUGUGCCAGACUUAUCCGGUUUCCACUAAAGUACCAACACUUAAAAUAUCCCCAAAGGAGAGGGUACCAGAAUAAUCCACAAAGAUAAUUGUGGUGGAAUAAAAUCAUUUAUCACCCUCUAGUGUGACCCCUUAAUUUGAAGUCAUUUGUAUCCAACACACGCCACCAUGUGGACUCGAAGUAUGCGCUCCAGAAACGAUAAUAUUUCAGUUAUGACGCUGGAAGAGUCUCGACGAACUCAAAGACCAUACCGCUAUGGGAUGAUACUGCUGUGCUUUGGUGCUCUCGCCAAUUGGCUUGGUCUUGCCGAAAAUUACUCAGAUCCCAUCAGAUACUUAGGUGUAGCAUGUAUUAUAGCUGGAGCUCUACUGAUAUGUACAGCAAUGUGCUGCUGGCUCCAUACACCACCACGCACUGGAUCAUCAGCCGAUGACCACUCACCAGAUCCCUCAGUGCACGUCAUUGGGGGCGUCUCGGAUGAGAAUCGCCGUGAAAAGCCACCAGACUAUGACACAGUGGCCAUUGCGCCACCAAGCUACGAUGAUGCCAUUAAGCUGACACCAGCAGCCUUCCUCCAUCCACCCCAAAACACAACAGCCCAGGAAUCAUCAUCAGGGCCCACGACUGACGCCACUUCAAGUCCCCCAGUCGCCUCUACAUCCACAAGUCCCGAUGUAGCAAUCUCUAUGCCUUCAGCAGACUCAAUCACGCGGUGAUUAACGCCCCUCGAUGGCAGGGACACAGGGAAGAAGGAGUGACACCAAAUGAUCGACAACGGUGGUCAGAAUUCAGCGCUCACGGAGGUGACACGCAAGUCAACCCACCCAAAACCCCCUCCUCCCUCCUGCUCUAUCAUAAAUCUGUAGGCAAAAUCCGUCCCUCUACACUGAGAAAAAUUUCAUAUCUACUUUCUACAUGUCCUUGGAUUUUUUCUAGGACAAAAUCUAAGUGAAAAUAGUAGAAAUUACUAAUUUCCAUAUUCAUCUUGUUUUUAAUCACCGAACAGAAAUUUUACUACUACUACUGAAUACUUAUUACAAUGAAAACAAUAAAAUUUACCAAUCUGAUGUUAAGGUUUUACAUGAAAAAAAUGUAAAAUUGAAAGACUGACGCCUUAAGCCGAGAUACGGCUUAGCGUAAUUAAAAUUGUGAUUAGAUAACAUUUCCAUAAGUGUCUGACUAAUCUGUUUUUUUGGUUUAGGCCGAGAAACGGAUUAGUUAUUAGGAAACUAAAAGGCAUUUAAUCAAAUCGUUAGUUUGAUUAUAAUUACAUUAACCCAUUCCUUACCAUGGUAUUAUACAUCAUACGCAAAUUGAGUGAUUUUUGAUGAUUUAUUUCUGGGCAAUUUUUAUCCGAAUUGCUGUCGGGAAUGGAUUUUUAGUAACGUUAGUUCUUCAAUUACUUGAGAAAAACAGUCCGACAGAGAUGAAAAGAUAUUUUGUUAUUAUUUUCUUGCUUCGCGGAAGGUCAUGCAAAUUUUUUGCUCAAAAUGGCGGACGGAAAAUACGACAUCUCGUCGAAUUUGUUAAAAUUGGCCUCUUUCCUCUUUCCUGAUUUGAAUUCUAGUUCCCAAUUGGUGUUCUUGGAUAGUCACUCUAUCUAAAGCAAUAGAGUUUGUACUGAAUUAAUGCACAGAAUUUAAAUUCAGUGACCGUUAAGACGUGUGUUUGACAGAGGCUCCCCGCGCCCCCAUAUUAGAUAAAUUUUUUUUCCUUUCAAAAAAUUCAUCUAUUAAUCUGUAGGAAACUUAUCCCAAAAUAUGAACAUUCUAUCUCAAGUAUUUCUGGUGCAUUGACUGAACGAGUUAAACCGUCUCUCGACUUAAGUCGUUCGUAAGUGUGUCCAGCAUCUAAAGUUACUAUAGUGAAUUUGAUCUUACGACAAAUAUUUAUAUAACGUCGUCGUUCAGAUCAGCAACUGUCGUAAGUUUAUCAUCUCCCAUUUUCAGCAAUUCCCGUAAGAAUAUGAAAAUUAUGAAGACUAAACAAGAAUUGCUGAUUUAGAUGGCGAGUAAGCUACGACCAUUUUCUGGUGCAAAUGAUGACAAAAGUCUGUUAAAGCUGGUGCGUAACUUAAAGGCUAAAACACUAAAAUAGAUUAUGAAAUGUUCCCAGUUCAAUUGUGGGUGAACGCAAGAUUUUUUUCUGUCUUUACAGGGAGUUCCGGCUUGAGUGAAAAUGCAUUGAAAGAAUUUGAUAUGAAUUGCCUCCCAUUGGGAGCUCAUUUAUAAUUUUUUUUGAAAUGCUCCUAAAUGUAUGCAAAUAUUUUCACGUGGUAAAUUUGAAAUACAUUUCUUAUGUAUCGUUGGCACUGAAAAUAAGCUGAAAAAUUGGCGCUGAAAUUGUAUUGCAUAUAUCACGGCGUUUCCGUAAUAUUUUCCAAAAAUCUCUCCUGUGGGUAUGCAAUUUUUCUGUGUCACUGGAGUGAAUUCGCGGGCUUUUUCCAGUCCCGGGAAUUUCUUUGAAAGCGGAACUCCCUGUACUUUGAAAAAGAUUAGGGAUUGAUUACUCGCUCUGACUGACGCUUUUCUCUGAGAUCAAUCAAUUGAGUUCGGUUGAUAAAAAACACUAAUGAUUUCUAUAUGUACAGUAGACUCUCGCUCAAUCGGGCUAAAAAUGUUGUAGACAAUUUUCAUGUUUGAUUUCAAAGCAAAUUUGUUGAAAUUUGCUGUAGUUCCUCUUGUUUUGUCGUGAUUCUUUAUAUUUGAGCGCUUUUUGUGGAAUUUACAAUGAUUUUGAUGCCUAAAUCUCUCAAUAAUUUGGACGAAAUUUUCCCCCUAUGUCCGAUUGAGAGAGAAUCUACUGUAUUCUGUCUUCCUGGUAGUUUACAAGCGCCAGCUUUUAACAAUUAAAUCAGAUAGCACUCUUGGAAAAAAAUAGGAUACCCUAAUCUGAGAUGUGAUUAAGGGAACCAAUAAAAAACAGUUAAUAUAGGCGCCCAUAUAUUUUAUUUUGUUUUGAUAACUAUUUGAAAAGUAUGCACUAUAUUGGUGCAGUACACUGAGAAAAAAAAGAGGGUACGAUUAACUUUUUUCCUCAUAAUUUUAACACUUUUUAGGCGUAAAAAUAUAUUAACAUUUUUUAAUGUUAAUUUUACACCUUUUUAAGGGUAAAAUUAACAUGAAAAAGAGUAACUUUAACCCCUAAUACACCUAAAAAGCAUAAUAUUUACACCGAUUUCGGAUCAAUACUGCAGGGUAAAAUUAACAUUUCCGGAAUGUUAUUUUAACUAUUUCGGAUUUCUCUCAGUGUAUCUAUUAUCCUUUUGGUUAUCACAACCAUUGUUAAUUGUUUUCACAACCAGAAUUAAUGGUUUUUGCAACCAAAAUUUAUAGUUCUGGGAACUCAAAAUUCUGAGAACCCUUGAGAACAAUAAAAAAUGUUGGCAGAAUUUUGAAUAACCAAAUAAAUGGAAUCGAAUCUAUAACCUCCGUAUUACAAUGCCAAUGAACUGUCCAUUUAGUUACCAUUUAGCUAUUUAAAUCUAAAUCAGAUUGGUAAAAAUUACUAACUAGAUAUUAAAUUCUAAUAUUUAGAUAGUAAAAUAGUCGCUCAUUUUAUAGUUGAUAAAAUCCAUAGGGGGAAGUGGAGCACUUUUGAAUUGAGGUAGCUUAAAAUUAGAGUUUUUUCUUAUUUAAACCAACUGUGUAAAUAAUUUACAUUAUGAUAAAGCUAAAGUUAAUUUAAAAACAGGAGAAAAAAAUCCAAUUUCAGAGGUGCCCCAAUUCAAUGGUACCCCCAGAGGCAUGACGUUUCCUAUGAUUCCCAUAUGUUUCUAGCGUGCCGAAAAAACUUUUGAGUUUAUUAGGAGUUUUCUGUCCUUGUAGAAUGAAUUAGCAAAUAAUACAAAUACAAAAUAAAAGCCAAUUUAAUAUAGAAUGGGCAACCGAAAACCCCAAAUUGGCAACCUAUGUAGUUUUGGAGAUAUGUCGUGAAAUGUGUACGAAAACAGGAAAAAAUUUACACUAAAACUGGUCGCACUUUUCAGAGCUAAUGUCACCCCCCUGGGUACCCAACUUCCCCCUAUCUACCAUAUAUUCUUUGAGUAAAUUUUACUAUUUCAAAGUAUUCAUUUUAAAUACAAAUUUUAAUACCAUAUCAAUUCGUUGAUUAGUUAAAUUUUCAAUGGGAAUUGGUAAUUUCAACUAUAUUAUUUUUCUCAGUGUAUUCCUAUUUGUAAAGUACACCCAAAACACUCUCGAGACACCGAAAAUGCGAGGAAAAACACCGUGUUGUACAUACAAGUACAUGAUUAGAUCCACGGACUCGAUACGAGGGUGGCAACAUGGUGUAUGUGACUUUACUGGACUUUUUACGUUGUUCCACGUCGUGGAUUGGGAAUUAAAAGUGCGCUUUAAUAGCCAUAUAAAUAUAAUUUUACUACUUAAUUGUCUCAGCGAUGCUGAUCCCUUCCUAUUUAUAGACCAAAAAUAAAGAGCGCGCGUGUAACGAGAAACAGAACUGUACAAGAGUACUUAACUUUUUGUCAUUGUACCAUCAAUAUAUCCCACGCUAAUCAGUUGGCUCAAGUGAAGGUAUAUCGUGGAGAGAAAGAAAAACAUGGGGGCUCAAAGACAAGUGAAAAAAAAGAGAGGUGACAGUGAUAAAAAUCUCGGUGAGUUAUUGCUAAAAGAAUGAGCCUCAAUGCAAAUGUACAAAUUACUGCCUCUGGCGCUUAAUCAACAAGUUGUCGCGAGAAUUUGCUGAAAUUUCUGUGCACAACUCUGAAGAGAUGUUCACAUUGAGCUGUGAUUCUUCUUUGAGAUUUUCUGAGUUCUUGCAAUAAAGCCAAAAUAAUUAUAAAAAGAAAAUGUUUCUAUUUAGAAAUAAAUCAUUAACUGUUGCAAUCGAUAAGAAACACGAGACAUCGAUUUAAGCUAAAGGUCAUAAGAAAACAUCUAAUGACUUAUAGUGAAAGAAGUCGUUAACUCUUGGCAUUUAACUAUAAGUUUUUAUUAUGAAAAUAUAAAAAGAUAUUUGUAAUGAUGCCUAAUGGCUCUAUUUUAUAAUUAAAAUUAUUGUAUAUUAUACAUUAAAUUUAAUUUAUUAAGGAUCGAAAUAGAGCAUUUAAUUUUUGCUGAUCCUGAAAAACUUAUCGACUGUAUCGUAAAAAUUAUGUAUUUUUGCGUGUGAAAAUGUAAAGCUGUACUUCAAGAUAUUUUAGAAUUUAUUGUUUUAAAUAAAAAAUAUAUAUAUUUUGUCUAAGAAAUUUUAGAUUUGUUUGAAAAUCUUUGCGAAAAUUUCAAACUCUAGAAUAAAGAAAUUUUACCUCAA